GUGAUAGGUCACAUGUCGUCUAAAAAAGAGACUGGGACAGGAUUAAAGCAUUUUCUCAUCUCUUCUUCUAUAGCUCUCUCUUCUACUAAUCGAUUCUCCUCUACCAGCCAUUACAAAGCCACCAUCAUGAGGUUUGGUGUAGAGCUGCUGGUUGUGUUUCUGGCUGUUCUUCAAUGUACCGGGUUCAUUGUAACAUAUAUUUUAGCUGUUAAUGAUGGCCACGUUACACCAGAGUUCCCCUACAUUAGUGAUACAGGUGGCAAACCACCUGAGAGUUGCGUAUUCACAUUGAUCUGCUGUGUUUCAGGGAUUAUCACGUUACUGAUAAUGUACAUCAGAUACGUUCACAUCAAACAAUACUACCAAAUGAGUAUCAAUAAAAUACUGUUCCUCAAUCCUUUAACGUUUUUUAUCGGAAUACUCUCAGUCUUUGGACUUUUACUUGUUGGAGCUUUCCAGGACGACGAAGUUUCAAUUGUUCAUAUGAUUGGUGCCGCCAUGGUAUUUGGUUUUGGUAUUGUAUACAUGUGGCUACAGACUGUAGUGUCUUAUAAAAUAUACCACGCUAGCUUGACUCGCCACGUUAGCAGUGUGGUCAUCAUUUUAAGAUUGUUCUUAUCUUUAAUGGCAACCAUUUUCUUCAUUAUGGUCAUGGUAACAAUGUAUGUUGCUGGUCAUAUAAGAAAUCAGUCCUCACUUGACUAUGACCCAGCUCAUUGGACCAGCAAAGAUCCUGGUUAUCCUCUUCAUUUAACCAGUACUAUAUCAGAGUGGUGCCUAGGAUUAGCAUUCCUAGUCUUCUUCUUAACAUUCCACACUGAUUUCUCAAGAGUGAGUCUCAUUGUGUCCGUAUCAUUGCGACAAGAGUACAUGACACUGAACGAGAACACACCUCUAAGACUUUGAACUAGCAGGUGGACACUAUCUGUUCCCAGCUGCUGUUUUGAUGCAUUUUUUGUCAUAAUCGUGUUUGUGUAUUCAUUCUCUACUUUUAUUUUUUGUCCCUCCCCUCUCUCUUCCUCCUUGCCUAAAAGUUCAUCGUCUUUAUUUUAAAAGAUGACAAAAAUGACACUUAAUUAAAUAUUCAAUAGAAAGAGGGCCAGGGGGCAGGUUAAGUGGAUCUGGAUUCUUCCUCAUCUCAUGUGGUAGUCUUGCCUCUUGUGGUAUUCCAUUAACUCACCGUCAAAAUCAAAAG